GUACGUUGUUGUUAUUAAAAAUGUAUUAAAUAAUAAUAAUAAUAUUUCAGCGCCAUCUCCGCGUUUAUAUUACUCAUAAUAUCUCAAUUAUUAUUAUUAUUAUUAAGCGCUAGCGUUCAUUAUCACUGAUCAGCGAUAACACUAUGAUCGACUGCGAGUCUGCGAAUCGCGACUGUUGUUGUCAUUGUGGGACGACGGCGGCGACAACGACCGCGACUGCGACACAAAAACGUAGCGCCCGUCGAUAACUACAACAACAACAACUGUUGUGUUCGUUUACCACCACUAAACCGCAGUCCGUAGUAUUAGAACGCGUCCGCCGUGAGCUAUUGAGCUGGUGGUGGUGGUUCGAGUCCGCCGCGGACAGACAGACUCUCGGACUACGACAGUCCGYCGCCGACGUGCACCGUGUGWGAUCGUAUUUGCCGUUUACCGUUGUGCGCCUUUGUCGCCCGUCAAAAUUUGUAUUGUUGUUAUUAUUAUGCGCCGUUUCAGAGUGUCCGCCGACGUACAGACGACACUAUGAAAACCGUUUUGUUGUACGUUUGCGCGGCUCUCGCCGUAGCCGCGUCCGGCGUCUGGUCGCUGUCCGUGUACACCGACGACGACGACAGCGCGCGCGUAUCGCAGCCGUUCGCAAACCGGCUUGCCCGUGCUGCUGUCAAUCAUGGUUCGUCUGCUCACCGUGCCAGGACCAAACGGGAGAGCUUGACCGUGCCGACAAUAUUGCCCGGCGUUUCCGAUGGAAACAUAACGUCCAAAGUUUUUCAUUUAAAUGAAACUCGGCAACAGUUAAUGGUACACUGGGUUGGUGAAAACUCAAAUGUUAUCAUAUGCUUGGCUCGUGAAGGAUAUCCUUCUUCAUCUGUGUACAUAUCAUAUGACUAUGGAGAUACUUAUAUUAAUAAGACAGAAGAAUUUAAAAUAGACGCUGCUAAAAAUCUAUAUGCUUCUAUUGACAAGUUUUACAUACACCCUACAUUUAAAACAUAUUGUGUGUACACAGAUGUAAUAAACCGUAAAAUAUUUACAACAACUGAUCAUAGUAAAACUAUCAAAUCCAUUCCACUGUCAUUUGUGCCCAGUGAAGUGACUUAUAAACCUGAUGCGCCAAAUGUGUUUAUUGUCCAUGACAAAGUCAGCCCUACAAAACUACUAUGGAUAACUCAUGAUUUCGGUAUCACAUGGACUAUGCUUGAAGAACGUGUUAAAUCAUAUUUCUGGGUUCCAACUAAAUGGAAUUUGUAYAAAAGUGGACAUUCAUUGGUUAUACAACGCGAAGAAUCAGCAACUACAUCCACGGUCAUAGCUGUUUCAGAAAAUAUCAAUUCUGGUCAAAAUAAUUUAUCUACUUUAGCUGUAAACGUAUUACAAUUAAAAGCAAGAGAUGACUAUAUGUUUGUGACUGUUCAACUUUCAAAGAAUAAUUUAGAUCUUUUGGUUAGCUACAAAGGAGGAAAUUUUGUUCGAACUCGGUUCGACACUGAACUUGACAGACGUGAUUACCAUAUCGCAGAUAUUACUGCUAAUCGAAUAAUGGUUGCUGUUGCACAUACUCGUACUUUGUCAAAUUUAUAUAUAUCCGAUGUAAUACAGUCUUCUAAUGAAGAGGCAGUAUCAUUCAGUUUGUCACUUGAAAGAGUAGUUGCAUAUUUCCCUAACAUUACAUGGACAGAAUCUUUAAUUAGUGAUUUAUGGGCUGAAYCAUUUGCAGAUAUACACAAAGUUAAAGGUCUUCAAGGGAUUUAUAUUGUUUCGCAGAUUUCCUCUUCAAUGCCGUCAGGAAGUGUGGACAUAGGCCCUGAACAUAUUGUGACUCUUAUUAGUUUUGAUUGGGGUUUUGAUUGGAGAUUGCUAAAUGUUACACGAUCUUUCUCUCAUUGUGAUAAGGCGGAUAAUUGUUCUUUACAUCUUACUCAAAUGUUUGCUCAUGUGUAUCCUGUUACUAGAACUCAUACAUUUAUUUUAUCAUCAAAGUCUGCUCCAGGAAUUAUUAUGGCUACUGGAGUAGUUGGUAAAUCACUAAAAGGCAAUCCUGGUGUUUUUGUCAGUAGRGAUGCUGGACUCACAUGGCGWCAAGUUUUAAAAGAAAUGCAUUUUUAUAACAUUGGUGAUCAUGGAGGCAUAUUGAUUGCUGUACGGUACUACAAAGGUGAAAAAGAAGAAACCAGUCAAAUUCUUUAUUCAACUGAUGAAGGAGAAACAUGGCUUGAGAAAAAUUUUACCAAUAGUAAAAUAAAAGUGUAUGAGCUAAUGACUGAACCAGGGGAAAAUACUACUGUUUUUACUAUGUUUGGCUCAGUUAUGGAAAAACAUGAAUGGUUAAUUGUUAAAAUUGAUCUAAAGAAUGCGUUUUCUUAUAACUGUACCAAAAAAGAUUAUAAAUUUUGGUCUCCUACCACUUCAAAAGAUCAUUUAAAAACAUCUUGUGUUCUUGGUCAGACACAAAUAUUUCARAGAAGAGCACCAAAAGCAAAUUGUUACAAUGGCAUGAAUUAUGAUCGACCAAUUCAGACCAUUACAUGUGAUUGUGAUAUUGAAGAUUAUACAUGUGAUCAUGGAUUUACAUGGUUUUCAAAUUCCAAACAAUGUAUUAGGAAUAAAACUAGUGGCUUUGAUCCUUAUCUAAUUCCUUCAUUUUGUAAACCUGGUUUAAUGUAUAACCGUACAAAAGGUUAUCGUUUAAUACCUGGAGAUAUGUGUAAAAAUGGACGUUCACUAGAAUUCAUACCUCAAGAAGUUCCAUGUCCAUUUGAGGAAAAGUCAGAAUUUAUUUUAGUUGCUCAAAAAGAGCGUAUUCUUAGGUUGAGUGGUAAUUUACCAUAUGAGGUAUUACCUGUGCGUAAACUUGAAAAUGUUAUUGCUGUUGAGUUUGAUGUGAAAAAUAACUGUGUAUUUUGGGCUGAUAUUGUUACUGACACUAUUGGGCGACAAUGUUUAUCUGAUGGCAAACAAGGUCCUGAAAUUUUGGUGAAUUCUGGUCUUAGSAGUGUCGAAGGAAUGGCAUAUGAUUGGAUAUCUAAACAUCUUUAUUUYGUUGAUGGUGCAUURGCUAAAAUAGAGGUUAUACGCACUAAUACUAAAAUUCCUGGACACAUGCGCAAGACUAUAUUAGGUCCUAAUCAUUUAAAGAAACCAAGAGGGUUAGCAGUUCACCCUAGACUUGGUUAUUUGUUUUGGACCGAUUGGGCUGUUGGUGAAGCCAAAGUAGCAAGAGCUAAUUUAGAUGGAUCUGAUGUAAAGACAUUAAUUAGUAAUGAUUCUAUUGAGUGGCCUAACGGACUAGCUGUAGACUAUAUAGCUGAACGAUUAUAUUGGGUUGAUGCACGUCAUGAUUAUAUUGCUUCUUGUGAUUUACAUGGAAAUAACAUUAAAAAAGUUAUUAAAAAUGAUGAAAAAGUUUCUCAUCCAUUUGCUGUAGCUAUUCUUAAAGACUGGAUCUAUUGGGAUGAUUGGAAACAAAAUUCUAUAUUUAUGUCGGAUAAAGAUCAUGGUGUUAAAAUACAAACAAUUUCUUCACAUUUACCUGGAUUAAUGGAUUUAAAAGUAUAUUCUCAUAUGUCACAAAUUGAUACUAAUGAAUGUUCAGAUAAUAGCAAAUGUUCUCAUUUUUGUUUUGGUUUACCAAAUCAAAAGUUUUCUUGUCAAUGUCCAGAUAAUAUGAGUAAAUCUGAUAAUAGUUGUCUUUGUCCUGGUCUUAAGGAACCAUUUGCAAAUGGGACUUGUCCAUCAGCUGGCCAAACAUGUUCAGUUGAUUAUUUUCAAUGUGCAAAUGGUAACUGUGUGCCUAAAUAUUGGCAAUGUGAUGGGGAUAAUGAUUGUGCAGAUAAUUCAGAUGAAGUCAAGUGCACCAAAGUUUCAUGUGGACCAAAUUCAUUCCAAUGUGAUAAUGGAAAGUGCAUUCCAUCAUAUUGGACUUGUGAUUUUGAUCCUGAUUGCGAGGAUAGUUCAGAUGAAAUAAAUUGCAAGUAUUCAAAUUGUUCAACUGGACAGUUUCGUUGUAAGAAUGGCCGAUGUAUUUCAAUGCAUUGGCGUUGUGAUCUAGAAGAUGAUUGUCAUGAUGGUUCAGAUGAAGUUGACUGUUUAAAUAUUUCCAACAAUUCWUCGACGACUUGUCCACCAAAUAGUUUUCUUUGUCCUGGUACUGCGAAUACUUGCAUUCCAAUCAAAUGGCAAUGUGAUGGUGAAAAAGAUUGCCCUGAAGGUAAAGAUGAAAUAAAUUGUGGAAUUGCAAAUUGUGAAUCUUGGCAAUUUGAGUGUGCCAACAAGAAAUGUAUAUUUGCAUCUUGGAGAUGUGAUGGAGAUGAUGACUGUAAUGAUGGACUUAAAAGUGAUGAGGUUAAUUGUUCAUCUACAACCAGACCUAUUCCUGCUGAACCAACUACUCCAUCUUUACCAUUUAUCACCAAUGGUACAUGUAGUGAAUGGUUAUUCCGAUGUAGCAAUGGAAAAUGUAUUCCUUAUUGGUGGAAAUGUGAUAAUGUAAUGGAUUGUGAGGAUGGUUCAGAUGAAGAGCAAUGCGGAACUUACACUCCCACUAGUGCUAAAACAAAUACGUCAAUAGUCACCCCUAAAAAUAUGUGUCCUCAACAUUAUUUCCAAUGCAACUCUGGUUUGAUGUUACAGUUUUAUUUUAUCUGUAUUUUUCAAUUUAAUAAUUGCAAGUCUAAUUGCUUGGUAAGGUGCUACUACAGAACUGUUUGUGCUUAUCUUUAAUUUUUACUUUCUGUACAUUUAAUUUUUCUAUUUGCAUUUAAGGUUAGGUUAGUAAAGUGGUAUUUUCCACUAUAUUCUGUCAUAUUUUUUUUAGCACUUAAAAAUGUUUGUGUUGAGUUUAUUUUACUUUGAAAAAAUUAUUAACAAUUAUUAUAAGUUACUAACAAUUUCUAAUUUUUAUUAUAGGUGUCUUUAAUGUUUAUUGAUGAACAUGAAACAACUUCAAAUUCUCUAUCUUUAUAUUGGGCAACACCAAAAAAUUUAAGUUUGGAAUAUUUACCUUCCAUCAGUGAAUCCCGUAUGCCAGAAACAUGUGUUAAUAAGACAUGGGUGUCUACUACUAAUUAUAAGUUUACAUCACUUAAGCCAUACACUGCAUAUAAUAUGACAGUAUUUGUCCGUCAAAAGGAUGUACCUGAUAUUAUAUAUCCACCUGCUUUUUUCAUACUAGCAUCAACUGCUGAAGGGGUUCCAAGUGCUCCUCUAAAUGUAAUAGUUAAACAAGUAACUGCUGAAGAAGUUUUGGUAACCUGGACUAGACCAGAAAAUCCAGCUGGUCGAAUUUCGUCUUACAAUGUUUAUGUUGAGCCACCUCAUCCACCUAUGGUUUUGUCUGUUGAAGCUGAUUAUAAUAAUGUUACACAAUCUUACCCUGUCCGAUCAUCAUUAUAUCGUUUAAAUAUUGAAUAUAGUUUUUGGGUUACAGCCAAGUUAUCAGAGUUUGAAUCUGAACAUUCUGCUGUAAAAAGGUUCCAUUUCGAUGAAGAUUCUUUAGUAGAUGUCAAUUUAAAAUUAAAUGUUACUACAAGAACUGAAAAUAGCAUCACUAUAUCUUGGGAAAGUGUUGAACAUGCAGAUGGUUUUACUAUUGUUUCUUCAGCUCCGAUUAAAGAAGGGCCAUAUCCCAAUUCUAUUCAAUCAUUUAACAUAUCAAAUAAUAAUAACGUAUUAAAGUUUACAAUUACGAAACUGUCACCUGGUGUAACAUAUACAAUAAAUGUAGUACCAUACAAUAAGCGAUACAUUGGUAUGAAAUAUACAAUUGUAACAAAGACUGAUGGUCAACCAUUACCAGCUGUGACAAAUAUAACUGGCUCUUUAGUUAAUAUAAAAGAUAAGAAAGAGUCAACAAUUAGAGUACAAUGGAAUGCACCUAAACAGUAUGGAAAGACCAAGUGGCUCUAUGGAGUUUAUUGGGGUACCAAUGCUAAUGACCUUCUUAAUGGUCCAAAGUAUAAUACUUCAGCAACCAUAGCCAUUCUCAUUAACAUUGAAUCAUGCACAUCACUUAUGAUUGAUGUUGGUGUCAUUGGCCCYAAUGGUAUUGGACCACUAUCUAAGAGGCCGUUCACUAUUAUAACUCCAUUUGAUCCAACUGUACCACCUAAAGACAUAAAAAUUGAACAGCUUGAACACACAAGCCAACCAAUGAUUCUUAUAAGCUGGAAAGCAUCCUGUCACCCAGUUCAACAGUCAUACAAAGUAAAUAUUUUGGAAUCCAACAAAAAUAAAAACUUUGAAGUCCUAGUUCCAAAUGUAUCUGACACUGAUGCUACACUGCAUUUUUCUGUUAACUACGGAGGAAAUUACUUUAUUCGUAUAUCAACCAUGACACCAAAUGCCGUCCCAUCAUCAUUAAUUAAUUAUCGAGCUCCAGAGUUGCCUUCUCCACACCAGGUUAAAGUAUUCAGCAUGCCAGAUGGUCAUUAUGAAAUUUAUUGGCAYAAACCUAAUAUAUCGUUUCUACUUAAGUCAACGGUUGUACAUUAUUUGGUGCAUAUGUCUGAGGGCAGUGAAUUGAAUGUCACAACUGCCAAGACUUAUCAAGCUGAAGAUAGUCCAUUUAUUAUUAUUGAUCCACCAACAAGUAACCAAUUGUCAGUUGCUGUUCAACUGGCAACAAACGAGGGUUAUGUAUCUAAAAUGUCCGAAGUGUUCUCAUUUAUACCUCAAAAUGUUGAUAGUCUAUCUUCAGAAGUGGUCGUUGUUGGUGUAAACACCGGGUGGAUGUCUAUGAUUUUGGUAUUAUUAGUUAUAGGGUUAUCUGCAGGCCUAACAUAUUUUGUUGUUAGACAUCGAAACCUACAAAAUAGCUUUGUGCAAUUUGCCAAUAGUCGAUAUGAUACACGGUCAGGAUCAGCUACUUUUACUGGAGUUGAUAGUCUUGGUUUAGGAGUAUUUAAAGAUGAUGAGCCAGYAGUUCAAGGCUUUUCAGAUGACGAGCCACUAGUCAUUACUUAAAAAUUAUCAACUGACCGUUCCGUCAUCUGUGAUAAAGCGCAACCAUUUAUCUCAAUCCAAGUGACAUAUUAUUUUAUAUUUAUUAGAAUAUAACAUAGAAGUCAACUUCUUCUUAAUAUUAAUUAUUGUCCUUAAAU